GCCACGCGCCAACCCACAGUUCCCGCUGCGCGCUGCGAUCCCGCCGCCGCCGCCGCCCGUUAGGGCUCCCGCAGCCGGGGACAUGUUGCAGAAACCGAGGAGCCGGGGCCGGCCUAGCUCCCAGGCGGAGAGGGACUGGGGCCGCGGUGCGGCCGAGGAGGCCCCGAGCACCUCCCGCGGGGCGGGCAGCUCCCGGGAGGCCCGGAGCGCAUCGUCGCAGGGCGCCCGCCGGGCCGCGGCCUCCCCGGAGGUGGGGCCCAGGUCCCAGCAGCAGCUGGAGCUGAAGGUGGCUGAGCUGGUGCAGUUCUUGCUGAUUAAGGACCAGAAGAAGAUCCCGAUCAAGCGCACUGACAUACUGAAGCACGUCAUCGGGGACUACAAGGACAUCUUCCCUGACCUCCUUAAACUGGCCGCCGAGCGCCUCGAGUACGUCUUCGGGUACAAGCUGGUGGAACUGGAACCCAAAAGCAACACCUACAUCCUGAUCAACACCCUGGAACCGGUGGAGGAGGAUGCCGAGGUGAGAGGCGAUCAGGGCACGCCCACCACCGGCCUCCUGAUGAUUGUUUUAGGUCUCAUCUUUAUGAAGGGCAAUACCAUCAAGGAAACGGAGGUCUGGGACUUCCUGCGUCGCUUAGGGGUGUACCCCACAAAGAAGCAUUUAGUUUUUGGGGACCCAAAGAAACUUAUUACCGAAGAAUUCGUGCGGCAGCGUUACCUGGAGUACCGGCGGAUACCCCACACUGAUCCUGUAGACUAUGAAUUACAGUGGGGCCCCCGAACCAACCUGGAAACCAGCAAGAUGAAAGUUCUUAAGUUUGUGGCCAAAGUCCAUAAUCAAGACCCCAAGGACUGGCCAGCACAGUACUGUGAGGCUUUGGCAGAUGAGGAGGCCAGAGCCAGACCUGAGACAGGUGGCCCAGCCCCCUCCUCUUGAAGUCUGAGAUAGAUUCAGAGGGACUUCUGGGGAAGGUCAAAGGCACUGGGUGAAGGGUUAGGGGUGGGAGGGAGCAUAUUUCCGUAACGCUUAAAUGUGUGUGGCUUUAGAAUGUGUUUGCAAACAUACGUUCUCUUUUAAUGUAAGUUACUUGGUUCCAGCUUUUCACUUUUAAAAAUAUUAGGAGGGGAUUUUGGUUUGAUUUGUUUUAUCGUUGUAUAUUUUGGCGUAAAAAUUUUGCUACCAUUAUACAACUGAUUGAAAAACUUUGUACCGUGAUCUGGAACAGGUGUUUAAAAAAGAACACAUCGGUAAAUUGCUUUGGCGCCAAGAAAAUAAAAGCGAGGUGGUUAUUAUCUGGUCUCUUUAACAGUUUGUAAGUUAAAAUAAAAACCUUUAUAAAUUAAAAAAAAUGUAAUUGUCCAUAUCCUUUUUUACCUUAAGACAGCUAUUUUAUAUUUAUAUAUUUCCCAUGUAUAUAAGCAUUAUGCAUGGUCUAAGUAAUGUACAUAUUGUAUUUUCUCCGAAUAGCAAUUUUUUUUUAAUAUUCGUAAUUAUCACUCGGCUCUGUGACCAUUUAGUGCCAUAUGGUUUUUUCUUUUUUUUUUUGUGGCUAUAAUUGUAAUAAAUACUGUAUCUUUGAA